ACAAACCAUUUCCAAAGUGCCGCACAUUCUCUCUUCAUCUCAGCACCCGUCCCCGGCGGCCCGGUCACGACUACCUUCGGUCAUCUACCACCGUAGUCAUUGUCGUGACCGCGUUAGUAUUCAAGUUCUCUAUCUAAAUCAACAAUUCGUAAUAGCAUUUGUUAAUCCGUUCAUAGUUUCAUUGCUCAUUGUUGUUACAACCAAUACGUUGCAUGCAACAACUGCUUUUGUUCCUAAUUGUGUUUGGCUGCUUGCGGCACCAAUUAAUUAUUCCCACUCAUCCACCACCACCACCAUGCCGAGGCUACCGCUUACGUCCGCGUUCCAGCUCCUCGAGAUCAACCUGAUCUCGGCGCAGGACAUCGCGGCGGCAUCCAAGUCUAUGCGGACUUUCGCCGUCGCGUGGGUCAACCCUAAGCGGAAGCUAACCACACGUGUGGACCAGAACGGCCACACCAACCCUACGUGGAACGAGAAGUUCGUCUUCCGCGUCGGCGAGGACUUCCUCAAAGACGACACCUCCAAGAUCAUGAUCGAGAUCUACGCCUCCGCGUGGCUCCGGGAUGUCCUCAUCGGCACUGCCGCGAUCGUCGUCAGUAAUCUCCAAAACAACUCCAAGAUGCGGUUCAUGGCCAUCCAGCUCCGGCGACCGUCCGGCCGGCCUCAGGGGAUUCUCAACGUGGGACUGGGCCUUUUGGACAACACCAUGCGUAGCAUGCCGCUCUAUAGCGAGCUUAGUGCCUCCGCCGUCGGAUAUUGGGAUAUCAUGGACGCAAAAAGCAACAAAAAGUCGUCGAAAAACAAUGACUCAAAAAUGGACGAUAAACUUCACGCCUUGUACAGAUCGCAGAGUGAACGGACCACAAGUGAUUACGGCUUUUCGAAGAGCAAGCCGGGGAGCUCUAUAUGCAAUGCACGUAACAAUUACACGAAGAAGCCUCCGGGUUCCAUCUGCAUUGGAAGUUCUAUUGUGAAUGGCUCGGAGGUUAGUUCUGCCACGAAAGAUGAGACCCCUAGGAAAGGAGGGACGCCUAAGAAAGGUGAGACCCCUAAGAAAGGUGGGACUCCUAAAAAUGGGACAAAGACCAUUAACAACCCUAAUGGCAAUGGCUCCAUGGUAAAUGGUGGCUCCAUGGUGAAUGGGUCCUUAUGCUCGGACGUGGGGCCGUCACCUUCUGUUGUGGCGGCCGCCAUUGCAAAGGGAAUUUACCCUUUGCCGCAUGGGGCAUCGCAUACGGAGUCAGGGAGCUCGUUGAUGGACGAGUGGGCGGACGAAGACAGUGUGGAAGGGUUGAAGACCAAGAUUGAGAGGUGGCGCACCGAGUUGCCACCAGUGUAUGACACCAAGAAUUCGAAUUUGAAGCUGAUGCCAUCGACGCAUCGGAGCAUCCACCCGAAGCCGAGGCGGAGGAGCCGGAGUAACCGCGCAGGGUUGUUCUCCUGCUUUGCAUUAGGUUGCGAGAUUUCUAUAUCUUGUGGUGGCAAAGGUAAGUCUAAGAAGAAGAGUAGUGGCAAAGUUCAUCUUAGCCCAUCUGAACUUACUUACGAUGAUGACUCAUACGUACGAUAACACACCUUAAAUAUUUCUUCCCGGAGACUAAAUCAAGUGUUAAUGUCACAAAUUUGGUGUGCUUUAUAAUCAUAUCGAGUUGUGUUGGGGUUGAACGUUACUGAGUCGCUUGGGUGAAGAUCGAUUGGUGCUUAGAGUUAGAGGAAUAUAGGGUGUAACACUGGUCAAUUUAGAGCUUCCUCUCUCUGGAUUAUUCUAAUUCUUUUUCUGCUUUUUACUUAUUUUACUUUUACUGUUCACAAUGUUCAUUUGGAGAUGGAAAGGAUGAGAAGGAAGAAAAGACAAUGUAACUCCUCUCAUCUGUUCUUACCAAAAAAUGUAAAAAGUGGAUAUAACCUUUUCCUUUUAUUGGUGUA